UUCUUCAUUCGAUUCGACACCAGCGUACAAAAACUUAUCAAAAACCUCACACUCUCUCACACACACACACGACGAUUAUUGAGGAUGGAAGAUAAGCCCUAAUUUCUCACUGUUCGCUAUGUUCAUUGCAUACUGCAGUUCAUUCGAGUUCUAGCCAGAUACUUUUCAUAAGUACUUCCCUAUUGAAUUAGUCACACAAAAGUUCAAUGGCUCUUACACUAUUUCGAGGUAUUCAAACCCGCCCGUUAUUACCUUAUUCGUCUGCAUUCUCUGCUAGAAAACAUGUUAUCUUUUGCUCAAUGCAAAGCACACAAGCCGAAACCUCGAUGAAAACAAAACAACAAGCUCCCUCAAACUUCACGGAAACAGCCCGAGCAAAAGCCGUUGAAAAGGUGUUGAAAGAUUAUGAAGCGAUUAUCGGUAUAGAAACGCAUGUACAGUUAUCGACUACGACAAAGGCGUUUUGUAGUUGUGCUUAUAAUUACGGGUCUCAACCAAACUCGUGUGUUUGCCCCGUUUGUAUGGGUUUGCCUGGCGCGUUGCCUGUUUUGAACUCGAAAGUUAUCAAAUGUGCGGUGAUGCUUGGUCUUGCACUCAAUUGCAAGUUAUCGAUGACUUCAAAGUUCGAUAGAAAACAGUAUUUUUAUCCGGAUCUUCCGAAAGGCUACCAAAUUUCACAGUUUGAUAUACCGAUCGCCACCAAUGGAUACAUUGACGUUGAUCUUCCACUUGAGUUUGGUGGAGGGCAUAGAAGAUUUGGGAUUACUAGGGUUCAUAUGGAGGAGGAUGCAGGGAAGCUACUUCAUACGGGAAACAGGAGUUAUUCACAGGUUGAUUUGAACCGAGCAGGGGUGCCUUUGCUUGAAAUAGUUUCUGAACCUGAUAUGAGAACAGGCAUUGAAGCUGCGGAAUAUGCCGCAGAGUUACAAAGGGUGGUGAGAUAUUUGGGAGUUAGUAACGGAAAUAUGCAAGAAGGAUCACUUCGUUGUGAUGUUAAUGUUUCCAUUCGUCCAAUUGGUCAAGAACAAUUCGGCACCAAGGUUGAAAUAAAGAAUCUGAAUUCAUUUUCAGCAAUGAGUAGAGCUAUCGAUUUCGAGAUUGCGCGACAGGCGGAGCUCUAUAACCAAGGGAAAGACGAUGAAGUUGUGCAAGAAACACGUCUCUGGGAAGAAGGCUCUCAGAAAACAGUUACAAUGAGGAAAAAGGAAGGACUUGCAGAUUAUAGAUAUUUUCCUGAACCUGACCUUCCGGAAGUUAUACUUACAGAAGAGUAUGUGAACGAUAUCCGUGAUUCUUUACCUGAACUUCCGGAAAUGAAGCGCCGAAGAUAUGAGGAGAUGGGUCUGACCAUGCAGGAUGUUCUUUUUCUCGCAAAUGAUGUACAAGUUGCGGAAUUUUUUGAUGCGACAAUUGCCAAAGUUUCUGAUAUUAAACUGGCGGCUAAUUGGAUCAUGGGAGAUAUUGCUGCUUACAUGAAGAAUGAAAAGCUGUCAAUUAACGAAAUCAAACUAAGCCCCGAAGAAUUAAGUGAGUUGAUAGCUUCGAUUAAAAGUGGAACCAUUAGUGGAAAGAUAGGGAAAGAGAUACUUCUUGAAUUAAUGAAAAAAGGUGGAACCGUUAAGGGACUGAUUGAGGAGAAAGAUCUUGUACAGAUAGUAGAUCCAGCUGAGAUUGAGAAAAUUAUUGAUAAAGUAAUUGCGAAUAACCCAAAGCAGUUGGAACAAUACCGCGGGGGUAAAACCAAGCUGCAAGGUUUUUUUGCGGGGCAGGUGAUGAAAGAAUCCAAGGGCAAAGCAAAUCCAGGGCUUGUAAACAAGAUUCUUCUGGAAAAAUUAAACGCCUAAAGUUGAUAUGUUACGCGGAGGAUUUUCUUCGCUUCCUGAAGAUUUUGAUGUAACUAACUUUAUUUGAACUGUACUGCAGAUGCAUUUAUUGAGAUUAUAGGUUACAACUGUAUUUGACAUUUGUCUUGAAUAAUUAUAUCAAGUGUUUUUUUUUGACAUUUA